AUGCCGCUCGACCCAUCCACCACACAGGACGUCCCUUACAGCUUCUCAAAGUGUCAGUACCAGCAAGCAUGGUACUGCACCGCCCUAAACUGUGUUGCGGGAGGGGUGAGUGCUGACCAGGCCAACGCCGUGCUUGCCACCCAGCCGUCGGAAGACAGCGCACCAGCGAGCGACACGCAGGAGCCCCAGGCGGAGCCGGGGACGGAUCUGGAGGCCCUCCUCCUCUCCCUGGAUCCGGAACCUUCUGCCCCGGGCGCUGCCCCCGACCAGGUGGAGCUCACACACGAGGAACUGGAUCACAUCCUGACGGGAGGCUGCACGGUCCCGGACAUCGAGGCAGGCCCGGCCGCCGCUCAGGCGCCCCAGGCGAACGAGUCUUCCGUUCCGGGCGGGGCGCAUGCAGACUUCGCCCAAGACCCUUCAUUGCCCCCCCGUGCCCGGCCCCUCACCCCCUCCGACCUGGAGAGCCUGGAGCUCGCAGGGUUGGAUGCCAGGGUGGCGGCCCUGUACUGCCUGUACUGCCUCCACUCUGUGCAGCCCCGCCGGCCGCGAGUGAAGAUCUACCUUUCUAUGGAGCACCAGGCCGCACUCCUCGAGCUGGCCUCCCAGCUGCCGGCCGGAGGCCGGCCAGAGGCGGUGGUCAUCCUGCGCCGCCUGCUGGGGUCGUGCGCGUUUGUCCCCGGCUGCUCUGGUGUACGUGGCAAGCUCCCCCCGGACCGCCUGCCCUUCGUGAGGAGGCCCGGAUCCCAGACGAGCCUGCCCCCGGGGCUGGAGAAUGAGGAGGCGCACACCCUGCGUGAGGUCAAGUACGUGCUUUCCUCGGGCAUGAGGGGCCUGGGUGCCCAGCACCUGGUGCCCCUCUACGACCAGUACCAGACGGCGCUGGGCCGGGUCUGGCAGAGCAAGGCGCGGGAGGGCGCCCCAGCCCCGCCGCAGGCCAUCGCCGACUUGACCCUGGGGAGGCUGCUGAAGGAGUACACCGAGGCGAAGCAUUCCGAGAUCUCACUGCUGCUGCAGAGCGGCCCGGGGGCGCUGGCGUGCAGGGGCGCUGCCGCGGAGCCGUCGCAAGGCAAGGCGGCGCGUCCUAGGGAGGGCGGCCCCGGCGGCAGCAGGGCGAUGGCCAAGGCAAGGCGCACCGUUUGGCAGGCCGCUGGCGCCAGCCACAAAGGGCAGGCGGCGUUUGACCCGCUGCCCCUCCCCGCCGCCGCCCGGCGUGUGAUGGAGCGGGAGGCCGCUCGGAAGCUGGACGUGCAGCGCAGGGCAACCACCUGGGCCCAGCACCUGGGCCGCGCCGGCACGCCCUCGGGCCACAUCAGCGACGACGACAUGCCGAGCCUGCCUGGCCUGCCGGAGCCCCUGCCCACCCACACACCCAGCCAGUCCAGGGGGUCAGGGCCGGUGCUCCAGGGCGCCUCGUCCUCACAGUCCCUGGAGGGGACCGGCGAGGCCCAAGGGUUUAGUGACCCGGUCGCCGGCGCACAGCAGGCAGGGCAAGGUUUGCAGGAGCCCUCCGAGGAGGCUGGGCGAGGCUCGGGCAAGCAGGGCAGGCCGUGGAGCCAGGCGCCCAAGGGCAAGAAGGUGACGUGGCAGCCGGCGCUCCCUAGGCAGAGGGGCGUUGCGCGGCCCAGGGCAUCCUCGACGCUCCCGGCCGCCCCGCCCCACAUCGCUCCAGCCCCGGCGGCGACAGAGGACGACGAGCUCCUUGCGGCCCUGGGUGCUGAUGCAGACAUGCUGGCUGCGCUGGCGGCACAGGCCCUCGCCGAGGACGAGGACUCCAGCGACGAAGUUGAGGGCUCAGAUUGA